AUGAGGGUUAUCACACUAGUGCUAUUAGUUAGUUUAUUGGCAACAGUUGUUACCAGUUCUUCAAGAAGUAAAUCUGGAUCAAUGGAUAAAAGCUCUAAAGAAAGAUCGAGUAACGAACGUUCGGGAAACCAUGAGACUAAAUCAACAGGAAAAGAUGAUGUCGAUUCAAAGUCGUCAGAUGAUUACACUGAAGGAUCAGACAAGGUCAAAGGUUCGGAACAAAAUUCUUCGACUAAAUCAAAAAGUUCGAAGACAUCUAACAAUCACAGCGUUAUGGAGGCAAAGGAAUCAACAGGCUCAAAAAGUGUAGAAUCAAAAACAUCUAGAAAAAGUGUAGGAAAGGAAUCAAGCGAGUCAAAAAUGUCUGUCAAAACCUCCGGUAAAGAUGAUGAAGGCAAUUCCAAGGAAUCGAACGAUGCAUCCAAAAAUAGUGGCGUUAUUGGGGCAAAGGGAUCGACAAGUUCAAAAAGUGCAGAAUCAAAAACACCUGAAAAUAGUUUUGGUAAAACAUCAAGUGAAUCGAAAAUGUCUGCCAAAACCUCGGGUAAAGAUGUUGAAGGCAAAUCCAAGGAAUCGAACGAUGCAUCCAAAAAUAGUGGCGUUAUUGGGGCAAAGGGAUCGACAAGUUCAAAAAGUGCAGAAUCAAAAACACCUGAAAAUAGUUUUGGUAAAACAUCUAGUAAAUUGAAAAUGUCUGCCAAAACCUCGGGUAAAGAUGAUAAAAAUAAGUCCAAGGAAUCGAACGAUGUAUCCGACAACAGCGGCGUUAUUGGGGCUGCGGGAUCUGCAAGACUUAGUGCAAAGAGUGCAGAAUCAAAAACAUCUGGAAAUAGUGUUGGUAAAACAUUAAGUAAAUCAAAAAUGUCUACCAAAACCUCGGGUACAGUUGAUGAAAGCAAGUCCAAGAAAUCUGGAGGUUCAUCCAACAAAGCAUCGCAAACCAAAAGUAUUAAGUCCAUGAAAAGCAAAAGUGAAUUGAAAAGGAAAACAUUUUCAAAAUCCGGCGAAAACAAAAUAAGUAUGGAAUCAGGAAACAAUGACGGAACAAUAAAUAAGUCGAUUGUAAAUGAAAACAGUAAGCAAUCUAAGACAGACAUGGAGAAAAGCAAAUCAAAGUCUUCCGAAAGUAUUUACAAAUCAAAGGAAACCACAAACAAGCAAAUGGAUAAAACUUUAUCCAAAACCAAAACACUCGAUAAUGACGCUGAGAAGUCAUCCUAA